AACGUUAUACUGGCUUUUGUUCACUAAGUUUUGAUAACAGUUACCAUUAUAUGGAUGAAAGCAUUUUUUUGACGCAAAUGUCAGUUACGACUAGUAAUUUCCAUUUUUCGAGCACCGGGUGGUGCAAUAGAGAGACACCAGUUAUGAUGAUGUCUGGCACAACCAACGAACCGGCCAAUACAGGGAUAUCUCCUAAUGUUGAUGAUGGUCUCACCAGUUUAAGUUGGUUACAGAACCUGAAUAUGUGUAUGACACGAUUAGGUGCGCCAACGCCUCCCACACCUCCUGCUAGUCCUAUAUGCUCGUCAAUUGUUUCUUUGCCAUAUAAUCAUUAUAAACAAUCCAAUUGCAACUCAAAAAUCAAUGUCUCGACAGUGGAUAACAUUCAUAAUACAAGUGUACAAAAGGCUCACUCAUAUCACAAUCAUAAGGACGGUAAGUCUCAGUCACAUUCAAACUCAAACUCGUCAAAAAAGUCAUCUCAAGCUCAAGAAACUGAUCCGAUUGACUAUAAGACAAACGGUAGUGUCAAACCUCCUUAUUCUUAUGCAACGCUUAUUUGUAUGGCAAUGAAGGCCAACAAAAAUAAAAUGACGUUAAGUGCUAUCUAUAAGUGGAUCCGCGAGAACUUCAUGUACUAUAAGAACGCUGAUCCCAGUUGGCAGAACUCUAUUCGUCACAAUUUAUCGUUAAACAAGUGUUUCAUAAAAAUUCCCCGAAAUAAGGACGAGCCGGGAAAGGGGGGCUUUUGGCGACUCGACCCGGUUUAUGCCGACACACUAGUCGAUGGGGUCUUCAAAAAACGUAGGCCCAGUCAUAGGGGCUCUAAUGGAGGCAAUACUAACGGUACUUCUAUUAAAAAGAAGUCGAGAAAAAAGGAUGCGCUAAGGAAUGAUUGCUCACAAAACACUAAUAUGACAGACAUGAAAAGCAUUACAGCUACCGGUGCUGAGACUCCUCUCCUACACGACACUCCACCCAAUUCUACAGAAUCCUAUACUCUAUAUGGAGAAGCUGCCAAUGAUGUGGUAGAGUUGGUGACAGCCGUGAGCAGCAUCGAAGCCGUUCCCGUUGGUCAGUGCGACUCAUAUUCAUAUUCAAUGCACAGCUCACAGUCCGAUACCCAUCUUUCACAUCCCGGUUAUGGAAAUGAGGUUUGCGUUACAGAGACGGCAUCGGAUGCCUGUAUGCUAGAAACAGAUGGGAACGACAUUUGUUGGAAUGCUAUACUAACAGAUGCCGAUCUCAAUGAACUCAGUAAUUAUACAAAUCCUGUAAUACAUGCGACCGAUUCAACCAUAACAGUGAGUGACAGCACGACAACCACCGCUCAAUUGACAGCAGUAGAGCCCCACACCCUUCAUCUGGUGACCAACACAUCGCCGGUCACUACAGUUCUUGAAGAAACAGAAAUGUUUCAAAAUGCUGUUCCCCGUCAUAUUAAUUGCCUGGCUCUUAGACAACACAUGGGAUCAGAUGUGAUAUCUGCGACACAAAAUGUGGUGACGUGUGUCAACCCAACCACUGUUAGUACAACCGAUUGGAAUCAAUGGCAAGCAUUUUCAACAGUUGCCAACACUGACAGCACAGAUCUACUAAUCAGACAAAUCAAUGGUAACUGUGAGCCUAUAGUAAGUCCAUCGCCACCUAUUGCUUACAUAACAACAACAUCGGUACCAAUUGCUACCAGAGUUUCUAUAAAGCAAUCUAAUUGUGUCAAUAAUUCAACAAUGAAUGCAAACUCCGCCACAUCAACCCAACCUUCCAGUCCAACUUCAGGCAACUUUGAGCACACAAACCCUUUGCAGCCGUGGGCUGAAUGUAAGGCAGCUCUCGAGGCGGCCGCUCUUGACUUAGAAAGUUUCGGCACAUUAGAUGUUCAUAACUAUUAAUACAUACAUACAGUAUAUAUACGGUAUAUAGCUUUUCGCGUGUUUUUAUCUCUGAUAUCUCUCAUUAAACAUAAAUUUAUUAUACUUAACAUAAAAUAACA